UUGCCAAAAUCCACAACACUGACAACACCAAAUGCUAGUGAGAAUGUGGGGCAACAGGAACUCUCAUUUAUGGGUGGGGGACGUACAGCCACUUUUAAAGCUUCGUUGUUUCUUAAAAAACUAAUAGGCUCUUACCAGAUGAUUCAGGAGUUGUGGCCCUUGGUACACCCAAAGGAAUUGAAAAUUUAUGUCCACACAAAAACCUGCACACAGAUAUUUAUAGCAGCUUUAUUCAUAAUUACCAAAACUUGGAAGUAACUAAGAUGUCCAUUCCUGACCAAGUCCGUCUUUUCUACUACCUCUGAGCACUCAGCCUCUGUCUCAGAGAAAACAAACUGAACCGUUGACCAAUAUUUACUCAAUGCUGAGGAAUGGGAAUGGUAUUUUUUAGCUUUUUCAUUUUUCUCGAUUUCCAUAUUUCAACAACCAGCCCUUUUCGCGUUCAUUAAAGCACCGGAAAGCCCAACCCUAGUUCAACGCCAGCCCACCAUAGUUCUCCAGGAGGCGCAGGCGCACUCGCCGCGGCCUUCUGGGGCCUGACGGGGGCAAGGGGCGGGGCUCGGGGGCACGUAGCCGGCACGCACCCUGCAAGCCGGGUCGAAGGGGUCUCUGUGGGCUCUGGUUGGUGCUCCGCUGGGGCAGGCCUCUCCGAAGCGAGUAGUGCCGACCGGGAAGGUUUGGGCCUGGCGGGAGACAUGUUUGUGGCACGCAGCAUCGCGGCGGACCACAAGGACCUCAUCCAUGAUGUUUCUUUCGACUUCCACGGGCGGCGGAUGGCGACCUGCUCCAGCGACCAGAGCGUAAAGGUCUGGGAUAAAAGUGAAAGUGGCGAUUGGCAUUGUACUGCUAGCUGGAAGACACAUAUUGGAUCUGUGUGGCGUGUGACAUCCCAUCCUGAGUUUGGACAAGUUUUAGCUUCCUGUAUUUUGACCGACACAGCUGCUUUAUGGGAAGAAUAGUAGGAGAACAAAUGAUAACUGCGAGGACGAGGUCAUUGGGUUAAGAGGACAACUCUAGUGGACAGCAGAACAUCUGUUACUGAUGUGAAAUUUGCUCCUAAGCAGGGUCUUAUGUUAGCAACCUGUUCAGCAGAUGGUAUAGUAAGAAUAUAUGAGGCACCAGAUGUCAUGAAUCUCAGUCAGUGGUCUCUACAGCAUGAGAUCUCAUGUAAGCUAAGCUGUAGUUGUAUUUCUUGGAACCCUUCAAGCUCUCGUGCUCAUUCCCCCAUGAUAGCUGUAGGAAGUGAUGACAGUAGUCCAAAUGCAAUGGCCAAAGUUCAGAUUUUCGAAUAUAAUGAAAACACCAGGAAAUAUGCAAAAGCUGAAACCCUCAUGACAGUUACUGAUCCUGUCCAUGACAUUGCAUUUGCUCCAAACUUGGGAAGGUCUUACCACAUUCUAGCCAUAGCAACCAAGAUGUGAGAAUUUUACAUUAAAGCCUGGGUGAGGAAAGAACUUACAUCUUCUGGUGGGCCAUCAAAAUUUGAAAUCCAUAUAGUGGCUCAGUUUGAUAAUCAUAAUUCUCAGGUAUGGCGAGUGAGUUGGAAUAUAACAGGAACAGUGCUGGCAUCUUCAGGCGAUGAUGGCUGUGUAAGAUUAUGGAAAGCUAACUAUAUGGACAAUUGGAAGUGUACUGGUAUUUUGAAAGGUAAUGGGAGCCCUGUCAGUGGGAGUUCUCAGCAGGGAAACACAAAUCCUUCCAUAGGUUCAAAUAUCUCAAAUCUUCAAAAUUCAUUAAAUGGAUCCUCUGCUGGCAGAAAACACAGCUGAGUACCAGCUAACUGGAGUAACUUUGCUGUUUGCUGCUUGUUGCAUGCAUACGGGAAUGGAAAGUGAGCUCCUUUUUCCCUAUCCCAGCACCAUUUGACCUCUCCCAAGAUACACCAGCGGCCUGCUUACUACUAAAUGCAAUCCAAAGGCUCUUAAAAAUACAGUAUAUAUCUUUCCUUUGUAUUAGCCAGGUUAUUGACACUAUUUGAAACUUUUGAAAUACUAAUGGAGAGGCUUUUCGUUCAGACACUGUCACCAAAACUUUUUUGAAAUGUUUCUGAAACUAACAUGGGUUUUAAAAUGAAAAGGAUUAUUACCAUCCUUACAAGUAUUUGGGAGGAGGGAAAAUAUUGCCUUAUUUGGAGAAUAUAGGCCUAUUUCCUUUGUUUUCUAAAACAGUAAGAUAAAAUGAUGAAAGUGGAUAAUUUUAAUUUGAAGAUUGAAUAGAUAUUUUUCAUGAAGGUAGCUUUGAGUGUUAAUUUGUUUACCUUUUGUAGAAUUGGUGUGUACAUGAUAUUAUUCAGUACAACUCUGUCAUUUCUUUAUAAUAUUUAAAAAAUAUUAGUAAAGGG